UCUUUUCUUACUAGUUAUCGAAAAGAUUUCCUCUCCCUCUCUCCAUUUCUUGUGCAGAGAGCCCUCUUUCUUCUUCACCAAACCAUUAACCCUCUAUAAAUACCUUCUCUUUUCCUCUCUGUAUUGCAAUUCAUUUUUCUUUCUCGUUUCCUUCUUUUUUUUUUUUUUUUUUGUUUUAAAUUGUCUUUUUGGAUAGCUUGUGCUUCUUCUACCGAGAGAGAAACAAACGAGAGUGGUGUUGUUCGUGGUUGGUUGUAUGCAUAGAUACCAAUACGGACAAUGUCGGCUUUGAGAGAUGAGGAUCCUCGUAUUCACGGCAUCAAAACUAAGAUUCGCGUGGUGCCCGAUUUUCCCAAACCAGGUAUCAUGUUUCAAGAUAUUACUACUCUAUUACUGGAUCCUCAAGCAUUCAGGGACACCAUUGAUUUGUUCGUAGAGAGAUACAAAGACAAAAACAUUUCAGUGGUUGCAGGAAUAGAGGCUCGAGGUUUCAUAUUUGGUCCUCCCAUCGCAUUGGCUAUAGGAGCAAAGUUUGUUCCACUGAGAAAACCGAGGAAGUUACCUGGGAAAGUGAUUUCAGAAGAAUAUGUAUUGGAAUAUGGAAGAGAUUGUCUUGAGAUGCAUGUUGGAGCAGUCGAACCUGGUGAACGUGCUUUGGUUGUUGAUGAUUUGAUUGCCACUGGUGGCACUCUCUGUGCAGCUAUGAAUUUACUUGAAUGUGCAGGUGCUGAAGUGGUAGAGUGUGCUUGUGUAAUUGAGUUGCCUGACCUGAAGGGGCGCGGACGCUUGAAGGGAAAGCCAUUAUACAUACUUGUUGAAUCUCACUGAGUUUGCAGGCACUAUGGCUCUGGGGUGGAGCAGCAUGAAAGGAUGUACAUUAGAGGCCUUAUUAAAGCCUAUGUUUUCAUCUGAAUUAGCAUCAUUACUUCAUUUCCAUUAUCGGGACCUUGUUUCACCUAGUAACACAUUGAACUCAGAGAGUUUGUAAUUGAGAAAUGCUUGUAGGACUCCAUUUUUCUCCUAGAAAAGAGAGAAUGUAUUCAUAUAAAACUUUUUUGGGCUGAUUUGUGUUAGCCUGUCCAGUUUCAUUGAGAUAAUCUUGCCACUCAGAUUCUUCAAGACAGAUACUAUGAAUCUUAGUUGAGCUUGAAUUCUCAUGGUUGAUUACUGCAGCUCUUGGCCUGUCCUCAUUUAUAGCCAUUUAAUAGCAGGUUUGGUGUUGGGUUUAGUUUGAGAAAUCUUACUGUUUAUAGGUGAGUUUUUCUGAGGUUGAAACAUUUCCUGGGCAGAGAUUGAGGACAGCAUUUGUUGGAUUUCGAAAAUUUUAACCGCACUGGGCAUGAAAUGUUUAAUUGAAUUUGUCAAGAUCCAAAUCAUUACGGUCAGAGAAUGGGCAUCUUGUAGGAUUCAAAUGUAGUGCCAAAUCAUUUUGUCUCUUCACGGCUGCUGUGGCUGUGCUAGUUGUGUCACCUCAGAAUCAGAUUUUUGGAAUAUGAGUUGUGACUUUUGCUAUGUUAGUCAGUGGAAGUUCAGCCCAUAAAACAGCAUAAUGUCGGGCUCUAAAAAUACCCAUUAUAGCGUAAUUGGACGAUGCUGCCAUAAAUGGAAUGGGUUCGUCUGUUGAACCAGCAAAGACUGCCAAGCUGUCCUCUCUUCAGCCCUACUUUAGGGCGUGAAUGUUACAAUUACAAAUGGAUAUGAUGUUGCAUUUUGGUUCAUGUAUUACCUAACCAUGCUGAUUCGUGGAUUCAAAGUCCCAUCCAUUCAACUCAGAGUUCCUAAAAAAAAACAAGGUGGGUACUGUGUAUCUUUCUUACUUUCUUCUUUUGUUUCUUCUCCUGAAAACUGACAGGCUUGUUUAUGAG